AUGGAGCCAAGUGCUGAAAUACAUAUUGUUCCUGUUUUAAGUGAUAACUUUUCUUAUAUUAUAAUUGAUAAAAAAACAAGAAAAGCAGCUUGCGUAGAUCCUGCAGAACCAGAAAAAGUUUUAAGAAAAAUAGAAAAUUUGAAUAUUGAAUUAGAAUACGUUUUAUGUACUCAUCAUCAUUAUGAUCAUUCAGGGGGAAAUGUAUAUAUAAGAGAUUUAAAAAAAAAUAUAAAAGUUGUUGGCUCUGCAUAUGAACAAACUCCAGGUGUUAAUGAAAAAAUGUAUGAUGAUCAAGUUAUACAUUUAGGAGAAUUGUGUAUAAAGGCUAUUCACGCACCAUGUCAUACGAAAGGGCAUCUUUUAUAUUAUGUUUAUAAAAUCGAUAAGAAUGAAAAAGAAGAUGAAAAUUACUCCCCCAUUUUAUUUACAGGAGAUACUUUAUUUAUAGCUGGAUGUGGUAGAUUUUUUGAAGGGAAUGCAAAAGAUAUGUUUAAUAAUUUUAAAAAAAUAAAAAGCAUGAGAAAAGAAACAUUAAUUUAUUGUGGCCAUGAGUAUACACUCAAAAAUUUAAAGUUUGCUUUGUCUAUAGAAAAAGAUAAUGAACAUAUGAGAAAUAAAAUGAAAGAAGUUGAACAAAAAAUUAAAAAUAAAAAACAUUCAGUACCAUCAACAGUAGAAGAGGAAAAUUUAAUAAACCCUUUUUUUAGAACACACUGUUAUUUUAAUAAAUUUAAUACAAAUGAUGAAAUAAAAAUUUUAGAUAAAUUAAGGGAAUUGAAAAAUAAUUUUUAA